GACCACGACGAGAAUUGUGGGAGCUUCUUGGGGAUUUGAACGUAUUCGCAUACCUACCAAUUCGAUAAAUCAGUCCUAUCGCCAUUAUGAGUAGUUUUGGAAGCAAUUUUCGAGUGACCACCUUUGGCGAGUCGCAUUGCAAGGCCGUGGGGGUAAUUGUAGACGGCGUUCCACCAGGAAUGCCAUUAACGGAAGAUGACGUACAACCACAACUGAGUAGAAGAAGGCCUGGUCAAAGCAAUUUGACGACUCCACGCGACGAAAAAGACCGGGUGUCAAUUCUCUCGGGUACUGAGAAGGGGUUCACCCUUGGUACACCCAUUGCCAUGACGGUGCCAAAUCAAGAUCAGCGGCCCCAUGAUUACGGGGAAAUGGACUAUUAUCCUCGUCCUUCACACGCCGACUUUACCUACCUUGCAAAAUACGGAAUAAAAGCAAGUAGUGGUGGAGGACGUUCAAGUGCACGAGAAACCAUUGGUCGUGUCGCUGCCGCCGGUGUCGCAGAAAAGUUCCUCAAGCUCACCCACAAUGUAGAGAUUGUGGCUUUUGUGGCUUCUAUUGGCCAUGUAACUAUGGAACCAAUGUCAGGGUAUGGGAAACCCGAGGAGGAAGCCGAAUGGUUGGCGCGUUGGGAAAAAUGGUGGGGAACGUUGAAGACGAUCUCACGGGAGCAGGUGGACGCCAACGAAGUGCGAUGUCCAGAUGCAGAGAUUUCGCAGCGGAUGCGAGAGCGCAUCAUUGCAGCCAAGGAAGCAAAUGAUUCUAUUGGUGGAUCCAUUGUUUGCGUUAUCCGAAAUGUGCCUGCUGGUCUUGGAGAGCCCUGCUUUGAUAAGUUGGAAGCAAAACUUGCACACGCCAUGAUGUCGAUUCCAGCUACAAAAGGAUUCGAGAUUGGCAGUGGCUUUGCCGGGACGGAUAUUCCCGGCCAUGUACAUAACGACCCAUUUGUUCUACGUGGUGGGAAGCUAGGCACAAAAACAAACUUUUCUGGGGGUGUGCAGGGAGGUAUAUCGAACGGUGAAAAUAUUUACUUUAAAAUCGCCUUUAAACCUCCAGCAACGAUUGGCCAAGCCCAGGCGACUGCGACGUACGAUGGCGUGAGCGGCACGUUAGCCGCAAAGGGACGACACGACCCUUGUGUUCUACCACGCGCUGUUCCUAUCGUGGAAGCCAUGUCAGCACUGGUCAUUAUGGAUGCGCUUUUGCAGCAGUUGGGGCGGCAGGGCGCCAGUACACUCCUUCCCGCGGAUCUUGAGAUCCCUCCAGUGCUCAAAGGUGAACUUGGAAAGAGCAAGGUUGUAGGUCAAGUCAAAGAGGCAGAUGGCACCCACACUGUGCAACUACCCAAAGCGUAAAGUUAGAUAGUAGAACAAGGACACACACAUGCACGAUGUAGUUUUCUAAGAAAUAUGGCAACCACAUGUAACAUUAUAAGCAAGUUGCAAACAUUUUCCCCCCC